AUGGUUGUCGCGCUGCCGCUAAUUCAAAAGGUGACGAGAUGCGAUUUUGCACUAUCGACGACUGCGGCCGAGAGCAUCGUCAGUACUCUCAUGCUUGGCGCGGUGAUCGGGUCGCUCGUGGGCGGUGUUGUUGCCGACUGGUAUGAGAUCGGUCGCAAGCCUGCAAAUUUAAUUACCGCGGCUCUCUUUCUGCUUGGCUCGCUGUUCAUGACAUUCGCCGGUUCAUUGCGCACAAUGCUUGUCGGCCGGUUCAUCGCAGGCCUGGCUGUCGGUAGUAGUGGACCGUGUGUAUCCACAUACGUAGCUGAAAUUGCCCGGCCUAAAACUCGCGGAGCACUCGUUACGAUCAAUGAGAAAUAUCGUACCAAGGAGGCAAGCGCUGUUCUAAAGAGUUUGCUUUACAGCGACGAAGCAUCACAAGAGAUUAUCCAGGCCCACCUUGAUGUUGGGACUUUCCAUGAAAGCUUUUUCCACGCGAUGAGCGAGCUCGUGACGGAUGAACUUACUCGAAAACGCGUCAUGUUUAGUGUAGCUAUCGCAUUCUGCCACAUUUUGACGGCAGCGAACGCGAUGCUUUAUUACUCUAGCUACAUCCUGGACGAACUGCAAACGGGCAAUAGUUACCCAGUCUCUCCCCUCAGCAAAGAGAUCUGGGUGGGUAUUGCCAAACUUGCAGGAGUUUGCUCGGCUGUCGCCGUGGUGGAUCGUGUCGGUCGCCGCCCGCUGCUUCUCAUCGGGACUUUCUUGAUGUUGAUUUGCCAUUUCGUGUUCGCUCUCUGCUUCUGGAGCUUGAGCGCGACGCACUCUGAGUUCGUCCAAACCAUUGGAGAAUGGAAUCUGUACGCGUUCAUCUUCGCUUGGAACCUUAGCUGGGCGCCGUUGAUGUGGGUCGUGUGCUCAGAGCUUCUCCCGGACGAAUUUCGCUCCAUCGGAAUGGGUCUUACGUUCGGUAUGUUCUGGCUGGGCAGUGCGCUCGUGAACCAAACACUGCUAUCAGUCUUCCACGCAUUUGGAACUGGAAACGCUUUCCUCUUGUACACAACACUCACAGCUGGAUCACUUGCAUUCGUCUUCUUUAAGGUGCCUGAAACCACGGGGCUCACUUUCGAGCAGAUCGCUUUGCUCUUCAACGAGAGGGUGGCUCAUGUCAAUCGGGCCAUGGCGGUAGCUGUGGAGGAUGGCGGACUGUCGGCGGCGCAGCAGCAGCUCGAUGAGCUUGAGUGUAUGCUUAGCAUGUUUCCUGACGACGAUGAACUGAAGGUCGACACGCAUGCAAAGGCUGCACUUAAGGCUUACGUCUCUGAAGAGAGCGGGGGUCCGCGACCUGAAUGCCGGAUGCAGUACACACUCUUCUACAAGGAUCUAGCAUUUGGUCGAGAGGUGCCAGCGUUGAAGCUCAUUUGCCCUCCAGGAUAUCCCGACGCUGCGUCGAUGGAGUUCGAA